GAACUGGGGAAACUGGAAUUUCCCGCGGAGCGGACGGCGCUUGCUCUCUCCCUACUCGUUUUAAUUCCACGCGCUACAAAAUAUCCGCCAUGGAGAAAUCUUGGCAACAAUAUCCUUUCUGGGCCCACCCGUGAUACCCUGCUGAGGCUUGGUCAGACGUCUACAUGAACUGUGGCAAGGGAGGGUGUGACACACAUUAAUCAGCUGCCAUCAUCAUCAUGAACUUUGAGAGUCUGGACCCUGGACUGGCAGAAUUUGCCCCAGCCAUGCAUUCUGCCCUUGACCCUGUCUUGGAUGCCCACCUAAACCCAAAUCUGCUACAGAAUGUGGAGCUGGACCCAGAGGGAGUAGCCUUGGAGGCUCUUCCUGUUCAGGAAUCAGUGCACAUAAUGGAAGGUGUCUACUCUGAAUUGCACAGCGUUGUGGCUGAAGUGGGUGUGCCUGUGUCUGUCUCCCACUUUGAUUUGCACGAAGAGAUGCUGUGGGUGGGGAGCCAUGGGGGCCAUGCCACUUCAUUUUUUGGGCCUGCCCUGGAGCGCUACUCAUCCUUUCAGGUCAAUGGCAGUGAUGACAUUCGGCAGAUCCAGAGCCUAGAGAAUGGUAUCCUUUUUCUCACCAAGAACAACCUCAAGUAUAUGGCCCGGGGAGGUCUUAUUAUAUUUGAUUACUUGCUGGAUGAAAGUGAGGAUAUGCACAGUCUGCUGCUGACUGAUAGCAGUACUUUACUUGUUGGAGGGCUUCAGAACCAUGUAUUGGAGAUUGAUCUGAACACUGUCCAGGAGACUCAAAAGUACGCAGUUGAGAUACCUGGAGUCACCAUCAUGAGACAGACAAAUCGGUUCUUCUUUUGUGGCCAUACAUCUGGCAAGGUUUCCCUGAGAGAUCUCCGUAGUUUUAAGGUGGAGCAUGAAUUUGAUGCCUUCUCUGGGAGUCUGUCAGAUUUUGAUGUACAUGGCAACCUGCUAGCUGCCUGUGGCUUUUCCAGCCGCCUCACUGGCCUGGCCUGUGACCGUUUCCUCAAAGUGUAUGAUUUGCGCAUGAUGCGGGCCAUCACACCACUUCAAGUACAUGUGGAUCCUGCCUUCUUGCGGUUCAUUCCUACAUACACUUCUCGUCUUGCUAUCAUCUCCCAGUCAGGGCAAUGCCAGUUUUGUGAACCCACAGGCCUGGCUAACCCAGCAGACAUCUUCCAUGUGAAUCCUGUAGGACCUCUGCUGAUGACAUUUGAUGUGUCAGCCAGCAAGCAGGCCCUUGCCUUUGGGGAUUCUGAGGGCUGUGUGCACCUCUGGACUGAUUCCCCUGAGCCUUCCUUCAACCCCUACUCCCGUGAGACUGAGUUUGCAUUGCCCUGCCUCGUGGACUCACUGCCUCCUCUGGACUGGAGCCAGGACCUGCUGCCUCUUUCCCUCAUUCCUGUUCCACUCACCAGUGACACACUUCUCUCUGAUUGGCCUGCUGCCAACUCCAUUCCAGCUCCUUACCUCUUUUUUUUUCUCCAAUCCUAGAUUCCUUACCGACUAAAGGAGUCUGACAGCGAAUUUGACAGCUUUAGUCAAGUCACUGAAUCACCAAUAGGGCGGGAAGAGGAGCCACAUCUCCAUAUGGUUUCUAAGAAAUACCGCAAGGUAACCAUCAAAUAUUCCAAGCUAGGGCUGGAGGACUUUGACUUCAAACACUACAAUAAGACCCUUUUUGCUGGAUUAGAGCCCCACAUCCCCAAUGCCUACUGUAAUUGCAUGAUCCAGGUGCUCUAUUUUCUGGAGCCUGUUCGCUGUCUCAUCCAGAACCACCUUUGCCAGAAGGAGUUCUGUUUGGCCUGUGAGCUAGGCUUCCUUUUCCAUAUGUUGGACCUCUCUCGUGGUGACCCUUGCCAGGGGAGUAAUUUUCUUCGAGCAUUCCGCACCAUUCCUGAGGCCUCAGCCCUUGGUCUAAUCCUGGCUGAUUCAGAUGAGGCAUCAGGCAAGGGCAAUCUGGCCAGGCUCAUUCAGAGGUGGAACCGCUUUAUUCUUACUCAGCUGCAUCAGGACAUGCAGGAGCUGGAAGUACCCCAGGCUUAUCGAGGUGCUGGAGGCAGCAGCUUUUGUUCAUCGGGGGACUCUAUCAUUGGGCAGCUGUUCAGUUGUGAGGUGGAGAACUGCAGCCUCUGCCGCUGCGGCAGUGAGACCGUGCGAGCCUCAUCCACCCUACUCUUCACACUCUCCUACCCUGAGGAUAAAACUGGGAAGAACUUUGACUUUGCUCAGGUACUAAAGCGAAGCAUGUGCCUGGAGCAGAACACACAGGCCUGGUGUGAUAACUGUGAGAAAUACCAGCCCACGAUUCAGACCCGCAACAUCCGCCAUCUGCCAGAUAUUCUUGUCAUUAAUUGUGAGGUGAACAGCUCAAAAGAGGCGGAUUUCUGGAGGAUACAGGCUGAGGUUGCCUUCAAGAUGGCCAUAAAGAAGCAUGGCGGGGAAAUCAAAAACAAGGAAUUUGCUUUGGCAGAUCGGAAAGAACUGGGGAGUCCAGAGGGGUUGCUGUUGUGUCCUUCCAUUGAGGAAUUGAAGAACGUCUGGCUUCCUUUUUCCAUUCGCAUGAAGAUGACCAAGAACAAAGGGCUGGAUGUGUGCAAUUGGACUGAUGGGGAUGAGGUGCAGUGGGGCCCAGCCAGGGCAGAGGAGGAGCAUGGUGUCUAUGUGUAUGACCUGAUGGCUACUGUGGUACACAUCCUGGACUCACGCACAGGGGGCAGCCUGGUGGCUCACAUCAAAGUUGGAGAGACCUACCACCAGCGCAAGGAGGGCGUUACUCACCAGCAGUGGUAUCUCUUCAAUGACUUCCUUAUUGAACCUAUUGAUAAGCAUGAAGCUGUGCAGUUUGACAUGAACUGGAAAGUACCAGCUAUCCUUUAUUAUGUCAAAAGAAAUCUCAAUUCUAGAUACAACCUUAACACUGAUCGCCACGCAAGUCUGGGUCCUUCUACCUUCGAUGGGGUCCUCGCUGACAACGAGCCACUCCUGAGCUGCCUGUUCGCAAGAGAGCUCCGGGGCGGGCCCGGGGUCAGUCUGCUGGGGGGCUUGCACGGCCGUAUGGGCCACCUCCGAGGCCUGCUCAGGACCCGGGUUCGGCGCGGGGAGCCGGCUUGUAGGGCGCUAGUAGAUGAACUAGAGUGGGAAAUCGCUCAAGUGGAUCCCAAGAAGACCAUUCAGAUGGGAUCUUUCCGGAUCAAUCCAGAUGGCAGCCAGUCAGUAGUAGAGGUACCGUAUGCCCGCUCAGAGGCCCAUCUCACAGAACUGCUAGAGGAGGUGUGUGACCGCAUGAAGGAGUAUGGGGAACAGAUUGACCCUUCCACCCACCGCAAGAACUAUGUACGGGUUGUGAGCCGGAGUGGAGAAUCCAGUGAACUGGACCUGCAGGGCAUCCGAAUUGACUCAGACAUCAGUGGCACCCUCAAGUUUGCCUGUGAGAGCAUUGUGGAAGAAUACGAGGAUGAACUUAUUGAAUUCUUUUCUCGAGAGGCCGACAAUGUUAAAGACAAACUUUGCAGUAAGCGAACAGGAACUACUGGAGCAGCCCAGACCAGCUUGGUGGAUCACCCUCAGGAGGGGAAGAUGGUGGCAUUGCCUUUUAUAUUAUGUUUUUAUGGAAAUGAACUGAAAAAAAAAAAAGAAACUAAAAGUACCAACUGUGUUGUUUUUUUCAUGCCCAGAAUCUGUCCUUACAUUAGGCCUGAAGAUAGAAGAAUGCAGGGACCACCAAGGCAGAGCAAAGGCAGGAAGGAUGUGACCCUCUCAGCUGAAAAGUAA